UUUAAAAACAUUGUAAAUAUAAUAAUAUUUAACUUAUUCACAGCUGAGUAUGAGGUUGGCACACCAGAACCAAAUACACCGUGCACUUUUAUAAUAGAUGCGGAAACCAAACGUAAUGGAAACAUACUGUCUCCCACUUAUCCUGGCACUUAUCCGAAAGAUCUUAAUUGUAGCUAUCAAUUUGUUGGGCGGCGUGGACAACGGGUGCGGUUGGAAUUUCGUGACUUUGAUUUGUUCUUUGGGGGGCCACAUUGCCCGCUAGAUUACGUGAAAGUGUACGAUGGUCCUGAUAAUUCGACUGCUGUUAUCGGCACGUAUUGCGGCCAGCAACGAAAUUUAGUAUUGUACUCCUCGGAAAACAGCUUAUUCGUACUAUUUUCUACGUUGAAGCGCACGGCGAAUACGCAAAAUCGAGGAUUUAAAGGCAUCUUUGAGUUUUCAGAGAGUUUUGUCAGUCUGGAUUUUAUAACAGAAUACCAAGGCGAGCAUAUCCGUGGGUCCGAAUGUGAUCAAAAGAUUCUUAGCAAGAAGGAAACAUCGGGAGUCGUAGUUAGUCCAAAUUUUCCAUAUCCCUAUUUACCUAAGGUCGUCUGUCGUUAUUUUAUCUACGGUAUGCAAGACGCGCAACAUCUAGAGCGCGUGCGACUGGAAUUUCAAGUGUUUACAAUACAGAUACCCAAGGGAGAGACGACGUGUACUGACGGCUAUCUAAAAUUAUAUUUAAAAGGUCAAGAAGCGACGGAUUCUUACGACAAAUUCGAUUAUGAGAUGUGUGGUAACAACAGCAAUCCGAACCAUGUAGUUAGUGACGGGCCAAGACUCGUAAUGGUAUUUAGUAGUGGAGAAGGGCAGGCACAGGGUUUUAAAGCUAAAUACACUUUUGAAACGGAAUACAAGAUACCAGGCACCGCGGCGCCCGAUGGCAGUUGUACUUUCACUUAUCUCAGUUCUUCUCGUAAACGCGGCGAAUUUAAUUCACCGCGAUAUCCCAGUAAUUAUCCGAGUGACACGAAUUGCACGUAUUUCUUUUUGGCCACGCAAAAUGAACAGGUUGCUCUGAUCUUCGAUCACUUUAAGGUUCGCACGAGUAAUGAUAAUGUGACUGUCGGAUAUUAUGGAUACGAACUCUGCCAGGAAGAUUGGUUAGAGAUUUAUAACAUGUACCGCGACGAUACAGAGAAGCUGAUAGGAAGGUAUUGCGGCGGGACCGCACCAGGCCCGGUAGAAUCGAAUCUUGGUGCUCGUGGCUUGAAAGUGAUCUUACAUUCCGAUUCUGAGCUUGUCUACAGUGGCUUCAAGGCGCGUUACACUUUUGAGGUCGCUAAACCUAUUUUUGGAGUAUGUAUAGCUGUAUGUCAGAUUUAGAGGGCCGAAGCCCCUCUCUAAC